AUGCCUACUCUAACGCAAAAUCUCAACAUCCUACGAUUGGGUGUCCCGAGGUCACGGUCCAAAGCUGAUCCAGUAACACUUCCGGGGCAGAUCGACCGAGCCCCGAUACUACCACGGGAUCACUAUAUUCGCUACGAGCAAUACCACAAGAGACAAUUCCCAAAGCGGUCAAAUCAUCACUUUGCUAGUGAGCAGCUCCUCCGAAAAGCGGAAGCUGCUGACCGAGACACAACAAUGGGCAUUGUUGACACUAUUGCUCGAGAGUACAUUGUUCACUGGAUGCCCGAAGUCGAAGUGUUCCUCGAAGCGGAUCCCAGCGACGAUUUCGAAGACGACAAAACAGAAUACAAGAGACUAGUAGGACGACUGGUGCAAGGCGUUCUAGAAGUUUUGUCCCGGGUCAAUUGUGACAAUGAUCAGGAUGCUGGGGCUCUCCGUGAAGCAGGCAAGCAAUAUGUGGAGAAGCACUUGAGAAAGCUCUAUGAUGCGUGCAGUGAUCUGUUGAACGAGGAAGAGAGACUACAUUUCGCUCCUUCGGCCCAGGCACUUACGCUGCGUGAGAAAUCUGACUGGUUGAAGCAGCAAGAAGAGGAGAUGAGGCCUCGAGAACAGCUUUCAGAAGCCCGUCUCCUCAACAGCUCAAUCGCUUGGAGCCUGUCCGAUGCUCGUCAGUGUUCUACACUAUUUAAAGCAGCUGAACCCCUUGACGCUCGAUCAUAUUCUCGAAAAAGGACGCUGAGCAAGGCACAACUCUAUGAAGAGCCCGAUGCGACAGACAACGGUCAGGUCUGGACUCCUCCCGGCGUCGAAGUAAAGCGACAAAAGUUCGAGAUCAAGUUCGCCAUGCCUGCCCAGGACGAGAUCCUCCAAGAAGACAUUAGAGCUAAGCAAGCUAGCAACACGAUCGAUCUAACAGCUGAUGACGACCAGGACUUCAUCGACGGAGAGCAAGCAUCACAUCUAGAUAUCAGGAACAGCCACCGUCUUCUUAUUGCUGGUGGAAGCGGUUCUCAGGACCAACAAUGUCUCACCAUGUAG